AUGCAUGCGCCAGAAGGGCCGCUGCUGCCCACACACUAUGGCGUUGCUGCUGCAACGGAAUCGUCUCCAGCAGCAGGAUCACCAGCAGCAGAAGCGUUGCCAGCUACAGUUUCUCUGGAACAAUUGCAGCAGCUUUUGCAGGAUGUGUGGGCAGCGGAGGCCCAGGCGAAGCAGCAAGUGCUGCAGCUGCUGCAGCAGGGUGAGGAGCGUGUGCGCGGCUUUCAGGUGUCUCUGCAGCAGCAGCAACAACAGUCGCAAAUGCUCUGCACUAGGCUGCUGCUGCUUCAGCAGCAACUCAUGGGGAAAGACCCCAAGAGAGAGUCCCUCGCGUUCAGACUGCAGCGGCGGGAGCAGCAGCAACUGCGGCUGCAGCAGCAGCUACGGGUAAUACACGACGCACAGACGUGCCUGCUGCAGGUACAGCGGGUGCAGCAGCACCUAGCAGCCUGUUUAGAGCUUCUGCAGCAGCAGGAACUGCUCGGAGCUGCUGCUGAGCUGCAGCAGUGCGCGCUGAGACUGCUGCUGCCGCUGCUGGCUGCCACACAGGGACCCCAGCGGCCGCCGGCCAUCUCUCAGCUCCAGCAGCAGUUCGAUGAGGUGUACAUACAUCUUGUCAAGGCCCUAGACCUGCGCCUGCAGCAGCACAUAGAGGUGUCUCAGCAGCAGUUCAGGGUCACUCCCCUCUUGGACAGCUGCAGCAGCACCUGUACCAGUGAGGAAGCAGCAAGUGACGCAGCAGCAGCUGCUGCUGCUGACAACUCUGCAGCCCGAGAUGGCGCGAAUGCAGCAGCAGCAGCAGCAGCAGAAGGAAAUGGUACAGCAACAACCGCAGCAAAAGCGGUGUUGCGUUUGAGAGAUGUAUGGGAAGCCUUCGGGCGUCUGGGCCUGCUGCGCCGCCGGCUAUAUAGACUCACACAGAGCAUUUGCAGCAGCACGCUUCAGCCUUUGUUUGCUGCUGUUGCUGCGGCCAAAGGCAGCAAACAGAAGCUAAUUUUUGGAGCUUCCCGAGAUGAACGAGGGGGCCACGGGGCACCCUCUGUGACUUGGGGUUGGGUUGCUGCUGCUGUGGAGGACACUGCAGCAGCAGAAGUAGAAGCAAAAGAAGUUGCUGAAAAAACACCACAAGGGCUGCUUCCAGUGCUGGAGUCUCUACUGCAUUUUGUGUGGAGCCACGCAGCAGAUAAGCAGCAGGAGUGCAUGCGCACUUGGGCCGCGCUGAUCUGGAAGGAUCUGGAGCAGCCGCUGCUGCAGCUGCUCUUGAAGACUUCCAGUGAUCAGCAGGAGCCCCUGCGGCUACACCUACGAGCAGCAGCCGUAGCAGCCCCCAGAGGAGCAGAAAGAGCUGUUUUACCAUUCCUCACCAGUGCGGCUUCUGCUGCUGGGAUUGUGCAGAUGGAACAGCUCCUAAUGCUGCAUGGACUGCAGCAGCAGCAGCCCAAUAGACGGGCAGCUCGAAUGGCAGCAAAGUGGCUGCACGAUGUGUACAUACAGCGCAGCAUCGAACUGCUUGCAGGAGCACGGCAUCUGCUGCAGCAGGCAGCAACUGCAGGGCUUGCUGCUGGUGAGCAGGACACAGUUCUGGCCACAGAAAACAACAUCCCCGGCAGCCUCCGUAACCUGCUGCUGUUGCGGUCAGCUGCGGGACCGCAGCAGCAAGAGCAGAAGCAGCAGCGCUUGCAACUGCUGCAGUGCAUUGCCGAGGAGACAGAUGCUUCCCUAGUGCAGCUGGCCCCCCUGAGGAUCACCCGCCAGAGUUGGCUGCUGCUGCAGCAGAUGCACGGCCUGCUGCGGGCAGCAGCAGCUGCUGCAGCGCGUUGCAGCUGCAACGGCAAAUCCAGCGCGGUGCCCUGUUGGUGCAGCAGUAACCGAGGCCGUCCCGGUGGCUGCUGCACCAGCAGCAGCUGCUGCUGCGGCCGCGUUGCAGCACGUGCUGAGGUUGCUGCUAUCCUCUCAAUAAGCGACCUGUUUUGCCUGCUGAGGUCCCUGGGACCUGUAACUAGCCCUGCGGCGGCAGAAACUGCAGCACCUGCAGCAACAACAGUCAAUGUAGGUGCCCUCGCAUUGAGGUGGACAGACACUGAGGUAAUUUCGCGUUGGCUGUUGCGGAUGCCCCUGCUGUUUGCUGCUUUGGCCGCAGAAAAAGGCGGAGGGGUACGCAGCGGCUGCAUAUGCAGCAGCAGCAGCAAGUGCUGCGACUGUCCUGCUGCCGCAGCACGCCGCGCAUUUUCCUUUCUGGAAGACUGCCUACCCUUAUUUGACUUUGAUGCAUUAGCUGCAGCAGCGCCUACCAGCAGAGUAGCUCAAGCAGCGGGAGGCGCUGUUGCUGCGUUAACCGCAACAACACCAGCAGUGCAGCAGCACAAAGAGGCGCCCUUUCGGCAGCAGCUGGCGGAGAUCAGCGUGGCGCUGAAACGGCAGCAAGAGGAGACGUAUUUUGUCAUGGUGAAGGGGCUGCAGCAGGAGUUGCAGCAAGCUUCAAGAGAGCUGCACGAACUUCUGACAGCAGCAGCUACCAGCAGUGGCAGCAGCAGCAGCCUUGAAAUUCAUAUGGAAGCUGCUGCAGGGGUUCUCACCCGGCAACUUCACUCUGCAGCGCUGGAGCUCCUGCGUGUGCUACCUAUUCAGGUGUACGCGGAGUUAGUCGGUCUGGCAGCAGACUGCUUGAUAGACAGCGUGCUACGAGCCGUGCUGGCUGCAGCAUUGGCUGCAGCACCGGGCAUCAGUACUCCCGAAGCAGCAGCUGUUGUGGCUGGAAACAGCACAAGCAGAGCAGCAGCGCAGCGCGUGGGACCUCUCUGCUGCAGACUGCUGCAGCAUGUCUGCACCCAGGUGAAGGCCACGUUGCUGCUGCACGUACAGCAUCAGCAGCUGAGGCCGGAGGCGGAAGUAUUUCCUGAUACUGCUUUUGCAAUGGACGAGGUGGCUUGUCUCUUAGCGCAAGAUGGGGCCCCAAACGGUUCAGACAACGGCAGGCAGCAGCAACAGCAGCAGCAGCAGGCAAAGCAGCAACAGGGUGGUCCGCUUCUCACGGAACAGCUUGCACCGCUCUUGCGGGUCGCUGCUGCUCUUCAGAAAGUACUUGAGGCGGAUGUGCUGCUGCUGUUGCAGUUGGCAACAACUUAUCCACAGCUGCUGCAGCAAACAUUUCGACCGGUAGAGCAACGUCUCGCAUUGCUCUCUCUCAACCCCUUUAUUGGGAGCGCUCCCCUAGGGGCCCGCAAGGAGGUCUUCUGUGGUUUCACAGGUGCUACUUGA